AUGAAUGUUUCAGAGCAAGAAGAAUUGAAAGAAAGAAUUAAACCCGGAAUAGUUGAAAUUAAACCAGUUGAAAGUGAUUUAGACAUUUCAUGGGUUCUUGAUUUAGUUAAAUAUUCAGAGAAAGUCAAAUUCAUUUACUCUCUGAGAACAUAUGAUUUUGUCAAUAUCUACAAGAGUUUGCAAAAGGAAGACAAACGAGAAAUUGAAAUGACAAAAGAAUUUCUUAAAACAGGAAAUUCAAAAGUUCUUGAUUCAUAUGAGAAUGAAAUUUCAGAAGAAUUUUUUGACACAUUUGUUUUACAUCCCGAAUUUUUCAACACUAACAACUUGAUCAGAUCUAUCAACAAUCUUUCACUUCCAUUCAAAUCUCUUAAUGAAAAGAGCAUUGAUAUUCUUAAUAUGUUGAUUCAAAAUUAUGAAAAUGAUUUAACCAUUAUAAUUCCAGUUUCAAAUUUCUUAUAUUUCUUUAAUUAUUGCCAGAAGAUAUUUCCAUUCUUGAAGGAAAUUAAUGGAAUUUGGAAUUACCAACCAUCAAAAUAUCAAUCAAUUUCAGGUUUCAUUAAUGAUAUUACGAAGAUGGUUGAUGCAAAUAAAAUUGUAGAAGAUUUAACACAAUUGAAAGAAUUUUGUGAUUUGAUAGAUUCAAAAGUAGAAGAACUUUAUAUUCAAGAUUUUAAUCACAUUAUUAAUGAAAAUUCAGGAUUAGAUAUUCAUCUUCCAAGUGGGCACAAUGUGACUGUUGGAAUUAUAAUAUUGAGAUUACUCCAAAACUCAAAUUCUUUCGAAUGCAAUAUGAAAAUAUUCUCCAAUUACUUCAAAGAAAGAAACGAAGAGCAGAAAUUGAAAAUCGAAAAUCAAAGUAAUCUUUCUGAGUUUUAUUUCAAUCUUCAAAAAGAAAUUGAAUCCAAAGAGAAAAUCCACAAAACAAAGAUCUCAUUUAUUAACGAUUUUAAUGAUGAUCUUCCAGAAAAAAUGACAAAAGAAAGAUUUAAUUUGUUCGAAAAACUUUUAUUUGUUGACAAAAAUAAGUGGAAACUUAUUGAAAAUUCAUUUUUAUCUGUUUUCACAUUUUGUGAAGAAAACCAUUUGUUCCGAUACCAAGAACAUAUUAUUGCAUAUACAUUGAAAUGUAUUGAAGAAAACAACAAUAUUUUCUUUACAAAUCCAUUAAAAGAACUCUACAAAUUCAUUUUGAAUUCUAUUAUCAAUGAAACGCAGGAUGAAUCAUCUGAAUUCUGUAUAAUGAUUGAAUCAAAAAGGAAAAAUAUUUCAAAAAUGAUAUUAUGUAUCAAAAAGGAAGUUAUUAAUACACUCAAAGCAGAAUUUGAAAAAUUAAAGAAGAAAAAAAUUAAGGAUACUCUUGAAAAAUAUUCUAAUUGUUUCCACAAAAUUAUUAAAAACGUGCCAAUUUUGAUGAUUAAAUCCAUCUCAAAUAAUGAUGAUUUUCUAUUUGAUAAAAUCAAGUUUUUCGAUAUGAUUUUGUCUUACAGUCAGAUGAACAUAGAUUUUUCUACUGAGGAUGUUGAUGAAUUCCAUUUCUUAUUCAAAGAAAAAAGAUAUUUAACUGUUAGAAACAGCAAAACUGAUAGAGUAUAUACAUAUUCAUAUUGUAAUAGUCCACACUUAUUAGUUGUUUGCAAUUCAAUUGGUCAAUCUUUAUAUAAGUGCGAUGAUUCAAAUAUUACUUGGGCAGAUGUGAAGGUUCUGAAAAGAAAUCAAACAUUUACUGAUUGCACCUUCGAAAUGUUUUGUGAAUUACACAGCAAACUUGAGCAUUUAGUCAAAAAAGAAACUAUAGAAACACAAAUAAUUUUUGGGUUGAAUUAUUGCCAAUUUUUGAAUUUAUUGGCUAAAAUAUCUGAGGGAUCAGUGGAGUCCUUCUCACAAAACUUUCAGAAUUUCAUUGAUACAAUUGUUUUUGAUUCCUCAUAUCCUGAAACUAUUCGAGUUAUUGAGAAAUACAUUGAAAUGUCAAAGAUAUCAACAUUGCCCAAACAAUUUUAUAUACUGUCCAAGAUAGACUGA